AUGAAAAGCCGGCUGCUCGUCUUACUGGCGAGCUUCUCCACAGCGUACGCCGAAACGCUGAAUGCCACUGCGGCCGUUGAGCUUGAUGAAUCGGCGAAAAAGCGGAGGUUUUGGCUUGGGUCGUUGCACGGAAUGUUGAUGGUGGUUGCGUGGAUAUUUCUGGCGCCAACGGCAAGUAUGGCGGCUAGAUAUCUACGAAGCAACACCUCCCGUGACAAUAUUGUCAAGAUUCCCAACUGGUUCUUGCUACACCGGAAUAUGAACUACGCUGCCGUGAUCCUGUCCGUUGUCUCAAUUAUCGUCAUCUUGUUCUCUCAGGGCUGGAGGUGGACAGGACCAUGGCCGGGGAUGGCGAAGGAUCCAUGGGGACCCGGAAGUCUUCAUAGUUUGUUCGGCGCCGUCUCGAUCGGUUUGGCGGUGUUGCAGCCGAUUUUGGCCUAUUUCCGGCCGAAGCCAUCUGCCCCUCAGCGUGCCAGCUUCAACGUAUGGCACCGAGGGCUCGGCGUUGGAGCCCUGGUUUUCGCUUUGGCGGCGAUGUACCUGGUCGCGGCGCGUUUUGGGAAGCGCUUCUACGCGCCGUCCCAAGUGUGGUUCAUGUGGCUCGUCUACUUGGUUGGGGCUGUCGUUGCGUUUAUCGUUCUUGAGUCAAUUCGCCGCCUAACCAUCACCCCGAUGCGCAUCGAUUCUGACGAUUCUGUCGAGCUGGACGACGACAAGAAGGGAUAUAACGUUUCUGAGUACGAGAUGGAGCGCAGAAAGCUCCUCCGCCGUGCCUCCAUCGUGUUCACCACCUUUGCCGGCGUCAGCGGCGUGGUGGCGGUGAUGAUCCUCGGGAAUAUGAUCCUCAAAUUA